AUGUCGGGAGAUCCCCCGCCAUUGUUCCUCGACCUGCCAGCGUCGGCGUUUGAGGACGAUCCGGUGGCUCACGGCAUCAAUUGCGUCAGCGAGAUCAGCGACAUCGACGGCAUCGACGACAUCAACAGCAUCGACGGCAUCGACGGCGUCAUCGGCAAGUUUGGCUCGUUCCAGAACUCGCGGCACUAUCAGGCGCCUGCGCCACUGCCUGUGCGAUCGCAGUCUGCAAGCGCAAGCGUGGGCACGAACGUGCCUGGGCCAAGGUCGGAUGCUGCCGCUGAGGCAGCGAUGGCGCGGCCCGAGUCGAUUGUGAGCUCGGCGUCGAGUUCUCGGUGCAUUGUGGUGUCUGGACGACAGCGCGGGAAUCCGCUGCUCAAGUUUAUCCGGCGUGUGCCGUGGGAGUACGGCUCGAUUGUGCCCGACUUUCGGCUAGGCGCCUUUACCUGCGCUCUCUUUCUCUCGCUCAAGUACCACAACUUGCACCCCGAGUAUCUCGGGACGCGGAUCAUCGAGCUCGGGCGCGAGUACCGGGUCCGUGUCCUGCUCUGCCUCGUCGACAUUGAGGGCAAUGCCGAGGCACUGACGCAGCUGGCGUCGAUCUGCCUGGCGUCAGAGCUGACGCUUGUGCUCGCGUGGUCGAUGACCGAGGCGGCACGGUAUCUGGAGACACUCAAAGCGUACGAGAACAAAGGGCCCGAAGCCAUCCAGUCGCGGACGGAGCAAGACUACUUUUCACGACUGACAGACACGCUCACGGCCGUCCGCGGGGUGAACAAGACGGAUGCGGCGACGCUGGCGACUGCGUUUGGCUCUGUGGCCAACAUGCUCACUGCGUCGCUCGAGGAGCUGGCUGUGGUACCGGGCCUCGGGGCACGCAAGGUGACGACGAUGUACGACGUGUUCAACACGCCGUUCAAGCGCGGGGCCGGUGGCAAUCGGGCACCGCCGUCGUCGUCGGCGCCUGGUGGCGAGGGCGAGGGCGAGGAGGGUGAGGGCGAGCCGGGCACGUUGGGCUGAGUGGUGGCUGCGGGGAAUGCGCGUUUACAGACGCUCUCUACUGCUGGAGAGUAAACUUGGCCUUAAAGCCCUCGAGCUCGGCCUCCUCGGCGAUGCGAGCGAUGGUGGCGGC